AUGGUCAUUCGACCUACAACCUCGCGCAAUCUCUCAAGACUUCUCCGCAUACCCACCCAAUGCCGGUCGAGCUCUCAAAGCUCUUCUGUAAACGCAGCAGAAGUAUCUCAUUUCAACAAUCUAGCCUCGACGUGGUGGGAUCCUUAUGGUUCAUCUCGUCUCCUUCAUCAAAUGAAUCCUCUCCGUCAUGACUUCAUCUCGUCUUGCAUUGAGUCACAACCAGACCCGACUUCUUCGACCAAUAGGCGCUAUCUCGACGUGGGCUGUGGUGGCGGCAUAUUCGCCGAGAGUGCUGCUCGACUUUUGUGGACAAAGAGCGUGGUGGGUGUUGACCCAAGCAGCCAAGUCAUUUCAGUUGCGAAGGCUCACGCACGCCAAGACCCUCUCCUUCUUGAGCCGGGACGGCUAGAAUAUCAGAACAAAGCUGUCGAGGAUUUGCCAAUCCCUCGGAUACCAGAAGAACAGUUUGAUGUUGUGAGUCUAUUUGAAGUCAUUGAGCAUAUCAAUCGGCCUGCACCUUUUCUAAGCUCCUGUCUACCGUUCGUCAAGCCUGGUGGAUGGCUGAUCCUCAGCACAAUCGCGAGGACAUGGACAAGUUGGUUGACGACUAACGUCGUGGCCGAGGAGGUGGUGAGGUUAGUUCCGAGGGGAACGCACGAUUGGACCAAAUACAUCAAUGAGCAGGAGUUGAGGAGAUUCUUUCGCGCACAAGAUGGAUGGGGAAGAGACGGGGGACUGAAAAGCCAAGGGUGCAUGUAUAUGCCCGCGGUAGGAUGGAGGAUGGUGCCGGGUGGGGAGAAAUGGGGGAAUUACUUCCUUGGUGCGCGUAAAGAUCCAACGCGAUCGUAA